UGCAGGCUGCACAUGUGUGUAUGUAGAGUACUUAUUAUGUAUAAAUCAUCACUGAUUCAUGUUUAGACUGUAAGCUGCAGUCAUUUAAGAUUUUACUUGGAAUUGCUGCCUAGCCAGCUGUUCAGCAGGCGUUUUUAUUUGUAGCUAAAUAAUCCUGCUUACUAAGGUCUGUCUUAGCCCUGAUGUUCUAGGAAUAACUGAGAAACCUGUUCUUCCAGCAGAUGUGCCCCUGGGCUGGUGUUGACUUUUCUCCUAUCCCCCACCACAGGCUGAGGAGGCUCACAGCUUGAACUUGGAUUGCAGCUGCCUGCCAGGAAAUGUUUAUAGCAGUCAUCAGCUGUGGAAUUAUUGGUGAUCAUGCUGUCUGCUUGGGCACUGCGGUAGGGCAGAUCAUAGAAUCACAGAUUGGUUUGGGUUGGAAGGGGCCUUAGAGCUCAUCCAGUUCCAACCCCCUGCCAUGGUCAGGGACAUCUUCCACUAGAGCAGGUCGCUCCAAGCCCCACCCAACCUGGCCUUGAACACUUCCAGGGAUGGGGCAGCCACAGCUUCUAAGGCCAGCCUGUGCCAGCGCCUCACUGCCCUCACAGGAAAGAAUUUCCUCCUAAUAUCUAACUCUACCCUCUCUCAGUUCACAGCCAAAAAGAAAUCUUGUAAGUGGAUGCACCAUUUUAUCUGGAACUUGAGAGAAGUACUCUGCUUGAGGCAGUUAUCUGCUUCUGCCAAACUUGAGUGGUUCAGGGUAAGGUUGCCCAAGUUGUAACUGGUGACCACCUCAUAGUGGAAAUUGCUUGUAACUUUAACUGAUCAUUUUGUGUUUAGCUCCCUUACAGAGUUCUCCUUGUGCCUAGUUAUAAGGAGGGAAUGGAGAGCAAAUCAGUUAACAGACUGUAGAUCAGUUAAUGGUAUAGCUGAAACUCAAAGGCUAUCUAAAAAUCUGUAGAAGUUGGGUGUAUGUUAUUCCACUCUUAAACUGCCGUACAGUGGUUUCGCGUCUCUUCCAUGAUCUACAGAGAAAGGCAUUUUUUAGCACCAGUACAGCAUUAAGUAGUAAGAUAUUAAAAUACUACAGAACAAGUGUAAGGAGCUCGCACUGAGUAAAUAAUGUGCUAGGUAUAAUUCUAUAUUUAGGAAAACAAGAGGGUGCUGAUUGUGUAAGGAUGGCUUGCUGAAAGUCCUGCUGUUGUUCUCACCCUUUCCUGCGGUGUACAGCAAAAAUUGCAUGAGGAUAUGCAACUCAUGUUGAUUCCUAAGGGAAGCUGGAUAAGGGGGAAAGACACGGAACAAAAGAAUUACUUAAACACUUGUAAGCCUGUUAAUCUCAAUUAUUCUGAAUAAAAUAAUUAGUUAUUCCAGGAGGUACCUAUUUGGGUUUUUCCUUCUGUUGUGUCUUGGAUUAAUUCUGAGGAAGCAAGCAGUCGAGGGUCUAGAGAUCAUCUUUUCCCUGUGACAUACCUAGUGAUAGCUUUUCCAAUGCUUACAAGUUGAGUUUUCUGUUUGCAGUCGCUAUUUUGCUCUCUGUUUUGCCAAAUGUUAUGCAUCAGCCCUAUCUCAGACCAUUCAAAAAUUUUUCUGUGUGAGCAGAGAUUACCACAGAUGAUGCAUUUAACAGUGGCAUUUUAAUUAUGACAUGGAUAUUUAUACCUUCUCGGUGUACCUCUCUCCUAUAACUUUCCCUGGAAAGUUGAGGAUUGCAUUACACAAGAGUUCCUGUUAAACUAUCUGGGUGUCUCACUGAGAAAAUCUCCUUGGAAUAUCUGAAGUCUAUAUGGCAAUGUAUGAUGAAGAUAUCUUGAAAAAUCCAUUUUAUUUAGCCAUUCAGAAGCAACGUCCUGAUCUAUUCAGCAAAGUUGCAGAAUUCCGUGGUAUUGUGUUAGUUCCAUGCCAAGGAAGCCUUUCAAGCAACAGUCUGUCUACCUGCCAGUUUGAAUCUUAUGUUCUGAAGCCGCUAGAAGACAAUUUUCAAACCUUAAAUGGAAAGGAGAUAUUCAUACAAGGAAAACUCAUCAUUUUAGGAACUGGUUUUAAGUACAGUCUCUCGGUACCUGUUCUUUUUGAGGAAACAUUUUACAAUGACAAAGAAGAAAGCUUUAGUAUAUUGUGCAUAGCUCAUCCAUUGGAAAAAACAGAAAGCUCAAGUGAAUCUACAGUUUUGUCAAACUCCUUUUCUCUUAAAAGUAUUGAAGAUGUUAGAGAAUUCUUGGGAAGGCACUGUGAGAGAUUUGAUAAAUACAUAGGAUCUUUCCAUAGAACGUUUAAAGAACAUGAAAGAAAAAGUCUCCGCCACUACAUAGAUUCUGUCAGCGCACUUUAUACCAAAUGUCUCCAGCAGCUUUUGAGAGAUUCUCACUUGAAGGUGCUUGCAAAGCAAGAAGAGCAGAUGAAUCUGAUUAAACAAGCUGUUGAAAUGUAUAUCCACCAUGCAAUAUAUGAUCUAGUCUUUAAAUAUGUGGGGACUAUAGAGGCAAGUGAGGAUGCUGCAUUUAACAAAAUUACAAGGAGCUUUCAAGACCUGCAGCAAAAAGACAUCGGAGUGAAGCCGGAGUUCAGCUUUAAUAUACCACGUGCAAAGCAAGAACUGAGUCAAUUAAACAAAUGUACUUCCCCUCAGCAGAAACUACUUUGUCUACAAAAGGUGGUACAAAUUAUUAUGCAAUCUCCUAGCCAAAGAGUUAAUGUGGAAACCAUGUGUGCCGAUGAUCUACUCUCUGUUUUGCUGUAUUUGCUUGUAAAAACAGAAAUCCCAAACUGGAUGGCCAACUUGAGUUACAUAAAGAACUUCGGGCUUUGCAGCUCAGUGAAGGAUGAAUUGGGAUACUGUCUAACCUCAAUUGAGGCUGCAAUAGAAUACAUACGACAAGGCAACCUCUCUGACAGAUCAACAGAAUCUGAGAGACUAUGUGACAAGCUGCUUUUAAGACAAAGGAUGAACUUGUCCCAGAUGUCUGCUGCUCCAAUAGACUGCUUAUUUAAGCAUAUUGCUUCAGGUAAUCAGGAGGAAGUGGAGCGAUUACUAAGUCAAGGUGACAGUGAUAAGGACACUGUACAGAAAAUGUGUCAUCCACUCUGUUACUGUGACAAAUGUGAGAAGCUAGUGUCUGGGAAAAUGAAUGAUCCUUCCAUUAUCACUGCAUUUUCUCGAGAUGACCGGGGAUAUACACCACUUCAUAUAGCUGCUAUUUGUGGGCAAACAUCAUUAGUGGAUUUUCUAGUAGCCAAAGGAGCUGUUGUCAAUGCUACAGAUUACCACGGUUCAACUCCACUUCACCUUGCCUGUCAGAAGGGAUAUCAAAAUGUUACACUUCUCUUGUUGCACUAUAAGGCAAGUACUGAUGUUCAGGACAAUAAUGGAAAUACUCCACUUCAUUUAGCCUGCACUUAUGCUCAUGAGGAUUGCGUCAAAGCUUUAGUCUACUAUGAUGUGCAAUCCUGUAGACUAGAUAUUGGUAAUGAGAAGGGAGAUACUCCUCUCCAUAUAGCUGCUCGCUGGGGCUAUCAAGGGAUCAUAGAAGUGCUUUUGCAAAAUGGAGCAAAUCCAGAAAUUCAAAACCGGAUGAAAGAGACUUCCCUACAGUGUGCAUUAAAUUCCAAGAUUUUGUCAUUGAUGGAAUUAAACUCUCUAACAUUUGAAAGAGGACAGAGUGCUUCUGAGUCACCACUUAGGUCUCCUCAGCGGUCAACAGAAACUUUCAGCAGAGGAUCAUCUGUCUCAAGCCUGUCAUCAACAUCAACUGAAAUAAGAAAAGAAGAAGUGAAAAACAGUUAUAAAGAGGUGCAAAAACUCCUGAGAGCAGUUGCUGAUGGAGAUCUGGAAAUGGUACGCUAUCUCUUGGAAUGGGUGGAAGAAGACUUAGAAGAUGAGGAUGACACAGCCAGUGCAUCAAAACCAGAAUUCUGCCAUCCGUUAUGCCAGUGCUCAAAAUGUGGGCCAGUACAAAAGAAGUUUUCGAAGAUCUCCGCUAAUGGACUUGGAGUAAAUGUUUCCAACGAAGAUGGUUUUACACCACUGCACAUGGCUGCACUGCAUGGACACUCUGAACUUGUCUGUCUCUUACUGAAACAUGGAGCCAGUAUCAGUGCCAAGAAUGCAAACCAUGCAGUUCCUCUUCAUCUGGCCUGCCAGAAGGGUCACUUCCAGGUGGUAAAAUGUCUGAUGGGUUAUAAUGCUAAACAAAAUAAAAAGGAUAUAUAUGGAAACACUCCUUUAAUUUACGCAUGCUUGAAUGGUCAGUAUGAGACUACUGCCUUGUUGUUGCAGCACGGAGCUUCUGUUAACCUUUCUAAUGCCAAAGGAAAUACAGCACUGCACGAGGCAGUGAUAGGGAAGAAUGAAGCCUUGGUAGGCUUGCUCCUUCGGAAUGGUGCAAUGACGCACAUCAGGAAUGAAAGGAACUGCACCCCUGCAGACUGCGCUGACCCGAAUUCAAAUAUCAUUAAGUUGCUGGAAACAGCACCAAGCUAUGUACCUGCAUCAGCAGAGAAAGAAAAGGAGUGUGAGCAGCAUGCUUCUGUCAAGAUAAGAAAAAAAGUGAAGUCUAAGCCAUGUGAGAAAGUUGAUGAUCCCAUAAGCAGACAACUUCAACUGGUCCAGUCAAUUAACAGAUUUAACAAAGCAAAACAUUUACGGAGAACAGUAACAAGAGAUAAAAGUGUCCCUAAUUUUGACUAUGAGUUAUUGCAUCAGUUAGCUAUCAAAAGCUUUGAUAAAGCCAAGUUAAAAUCUGUUGAAACACUGGACCAGAGUGAAGUGAAGAUCAUUGGCACAGGAUGCAGUGGUGAGUCUGUGAAACAUGACGAUGUGAUAGAAGUUCCUCACAGGAGUAAACUAACCCACUGGAGACACACUGUUAAUAUGCCACUUUCAGCAAAGAAUGUCAGUGAUAAUAGUUUAUCCAGCCCUGGAAAUCCAAGUUUUUCACAGUCAAAGGACUGCUGUGAUGACUUGCUUUCAGAAUAUUGACAAGUAUGAAUUUGAUGUCAAAAGCUGAGGUUGUGGCAAUUUCAGUAACCCUUCGCUGUACACCCAGUGAUUGAUUGACACUUGCAAGCCUGCCUUCAAGACAGAAUCCAGGAUGACUCCUGUGCAGGAACAGAAUGCUCCUAGCACUUUGGAAGACUGAAUCCUCUCUGUUGGAUUUAUGUUGGAGGUGUAACUAAACAGCCAGAUUGUUACUGAUCUCAACAAACAGGGACUUACUGAGGUGGAGACAGCAAAAUUAGUUUCCUAUUCUACUUAGCACUUGUUAAAAAAUUCUGUGUAACAAGUAAACCCAAAUGAAACCCUGUAUUGUAUUUUUCAGCCACCACUUUGUUUUUAAAAGUCUUUGAAUAACUUUUUGCAUUUUCAGUCUUUAUCACUACGUUGGAUAAGUAUAUAUAAAUACAUAUAUAUUUAUAUAUAAAGAUAUAUUGGAUAACUAGGUAUUUAUUGCCAGAGGUAAUUGAAAUGUCUCUAUUUUUAUUGUAUGUUACAAACUGUUAUAGUAUAUAUUUCUGUAUAUCUCAGUAGCUGGGAAAACAACAGUCCAUAACAUCUGUGGUGCUGUGUUAGAAAUUUAUGCAUGCUGUUAAUGAGACGGGGUGUAAUCCUUGCUCAUUUCUUUGCGAUGUGCCCUGUAUUGGUCUGCAAGAUCAAGUUCUUACACAGGAUCCAAGGGAAGAAGCAGAGAGCCCUUGACAAAGCUGAACUCUGGACUUGAUGCUCACAGCCUCAUCAAAAAAAGGAUGCAGAGGCAAGUGUAAUGACACAUAGAAUCAUAGUGGUUUGGGUUGGAAAGGGCCUUAAGAUCAUCUAGUUCCACCCCCACUGCCAUGGUCACCCCAGACCAUGUCGGCCAAGGCUCUGUCCAACCUGGCCUUCAACACUGCUGAGGAUGGAGCAUUUACCACUUCUUAGGGCAACCCAUUCCAGUGCCUCACCACCCUCACAGUAAAUAACUUCUUCCUUAUAUCUGACCUGAACUUCCCCUCUUUUAAGUUUAAACCCAUUUCCCCUUGUCAUAUCGCUACACUCCCUGAUGAAGAGUCCCUCUCUGGCAUCCUUGUAGGCCCCCUUCAGAUAUUAGAAAGCAGUUGUGUUUUGGUUCCCCCCUCUCCCUUCCGCUAAGGAAAGUCAUGCAGAAAUGCACAAAUAAAUAUUCAUGGUUCUGAACCUGGUAGCAUCUGCGGAUAAAACUGGUUUAGAGCCUGCUCUGGACUGCUCUUUAAAAGGUGGAAUUCCAGUUAUGACACGUACUUCUCGCAUCAGUAAGAAUUUGUUAGAAUAGGGCAAAUACUGUCCCAUUCCUAGAGGUGAUAACUGAAGAAUUGAAAGCCCACAAGUAACUAUGAGAUGACAGCUUAGAUCUGAACUUCAUUUUCUACUGUUUCUGUUAUGGUAGGAGAACGUGUAAAUAGCACAAGCCAGGUUUCUUAAGUGCAGUAUUUUUUAUCCUUGACUCAUCACAUCCUGCUUGCAUUUUAUUUCAGCAACUAUUUUGUAUGAAUAACUCCAUUUCUUUUAACUGUGCUAUUAGUAAACUGCCUGGCAAAGUACAAAGCUGGAGGACAUACUGGUGAUUUUUUUAAAGUAACUUUUUAAUCCAAGAGGUAAAUGGGCAAUAAGUGCACAUGUGGACAUUUGGAGAUAUGAGGGUCGUGUGUUUAUUUUUCUAAUAAUUUAUGAGUUAAUCUGACUUUCUAAUGUGCCUUGGAUUUGUGCCAAAUGAUGGAAAGAAAAACUAGUAAAAACUCUUGAAAACA